CAUUUUAUUGCUUUUCAACAGAAAAAAAAAAGAAAAAAGAAAUUCCGUGUUAGGGUUUAAGAGCGCUGUGAACACACUUUUUUGCCCUCUUGAGGUUUUACACAAUACCGCAACCGGCAUUUGAAUUGAGCCACAGCAAUGGCUUUCUGGGGGAUUGAAGUAAAACCAGGCAAACCGUACAUUUUGUCUGACGAGGAGAAAGGAAGGCUUCAUGUAACUCAGGCGACAUUAGGUUCGGGGUCAUCGACUAAGAAGAGCAUAUUACAGUGUGAAGUGGGAGAUAAAAAGCCGAUAUACCUGUGCUCCUUGUUGCCUGAUAGACUCGAGACAUGCCCAUUAAACCUUGAGUUCGAGGAAGACGAAAAAGUCACCUUCUCUAUCAUUGGCCCUCAGAGUGUGCAUCUCUCUGGUUUCUUUUAUGGUGAUGAAUCUGAUGACGAGGAUGAUGAAGAUGAUUAUGGAUGCGGUCUGUAUGAGGAUGAUGCAAUGGGGAUUGGUUCUGAAGAUGAGGAAGAUGCUGACUAUGAUUCUGAAGAUGAAGAAGACGAUGAGGACUUGUCCGAGGAUGACCUCUGCUGCGGGUACCCUCAUUCACCUGUUCCCAACAGUGGAGUGAAAAUUGAAGAGAUAGUGGACGAUGGAAAGCCUACCAAUGAGAAUGGUAUGUCUAAACGAGUGAAGAAGAAGAAAACUGAUGGGAAUGAAAACUCCAAUAGCCAGAUUGUUCCCAAGGCUGGAACUAGUGUUCCCGUCCUUGAAAGUGAAGAUGAAGAUGGUUUUCCUGUACCUGCGCAUGAUAAAAAAUCUGAAGCAAACCUAGAGAAAACUAAACAAGAAAGUAGUGGCAAGAAAUCCCAGAACAAGAGUGAAAAAACUGAUGCUGCUUCUGGGAGAAACUUGAAAAGAAAGAGUGGUGCUGUGAACCAAGAUGAACAACCUGCAAGUGACAUUGAACCACACAGUUCUUCUGCCCAACCUGACACCACCACAAAUGAAGUUAAACAAAAGAAGAACAAGAAGAAAAAGGUAGUACAGAAAUUAGACAGCUCUCUGGAAAAUGAAAAACCAGAUUCUGAUGGUAUGAAAGAGUCUCCAGUUGCUGAAGCUGGAAAUGAUCUCAAGCCAUCUUCUGAAAAGAAGAAAGACAAGAAAAAGAAGAAACAGAAUAAACUGCAAGAAAAUACACCAACCCCGAGUGCGGAGAAAAAAGUAGCAGAUAAAAAUGAAUCUAACUUGGAGAAACAAGAGAAAGGAGACGCAUCUAAAUCACUACAAGUGAGGACAUUCCCGAAUGGUCUGGUAAUAGAGGAGUUGGUAAUGGGUAGACCUGAUGGAAAAAGAGCUUCUCCAGGGAAAAAGGUUGGUGUCCAUUACAUUGGCAAGCUGAAGAAGAAUGGCAAGAUUUUUGACUCAAACGUUGGAACAGCACCCUUUAAGUUUCGCCUAGGUAUUGGCCAAGUUAUUAAGGGAUGGGAUGUUGGUGUAAAUGGCAUGCGCGUAGGGGACAAACGAAGACUUACGAUCCCUCCAGCUAUGGGCUAUGGUGCCAAAGGAUGUCCUCCAGCAAUACCUCCCAAUUCAUGGCUAGUGUUUGAUGUGGAGUUGGUAGAUGCCAACUAAGUAAACUCUACCUUAUCACUACAACUUUUGUUCCCCAUAUUGAUUAAAUUUUGUUGUUGACCUAUGUUAUGUUAUGUUAUGUUAUGUUAUGUUAUGUUAUGUAAUGUUAUGUAUCCCAGUUUUGUAUUGGCUGCUGCGCAAGAGUGGCAGCAUUUGGGAGGUCAAAACUUAUUUGAAACGCUCUUGCGAUGCGAAUCUUUAUAUAUCUUUUGGAUUUAGGGUUAUAA